AUGGCGGAUCGGACAGCUCCUAGAUGCCAGCUCCGUCUCGAAUGGGUUUACGGGUACAGGGGUCACCAGUGCCGCAACAACCUGUACUACACGGCAGGCAAGGAGGUGGUUUACUUCGUGGCUGGAGUCGGGGUGAUUUAUAACACCAGAGAGCACACCCAGAAAUUCUUCUUGGGACACAACGAUGAUAUUAUCAGCCUGGCUGUACACCCAGAUAAAACCUUAGUUGCUACAGGACAGGUUGGGAAGGACCCUUACAUUUGCAUCUGGGAUUCCUACAGUGUACUGACUCUUUCUGUUCUUAAGGAUGCGCAUACGCAUGGAGUUGCCUGCUUGGCUUUUGAUUCAGAUGGCCAGUGUUUAGCCUCAGUGGGACUGGAUGCCAAAAAUACAGUAUGUAUUUGGGAUUGGAAGAAAGGAAAACUACUAGCAACAGCUACUGGCCAUUCAGAUAGGAUUUUUGAUAUUUCCUGGGAUCCAUAUCAGCCAAACAGAAUGGUUAGCUGUGGAGUGAAACAUAUAAAGUUUUGGACGUUGUGUGGAAAUGCACUGACAGCAAAAAGAGGAAUAUUUGGCAAAACAGGAGAUCUCCAAACUAUCCUUUGCUUAGCAUGUGCAAAAGAAGAUGUCACGUACUCUGGUGCUUUAAAUGGAGACAUCUAUGUUUGGAAAGGGCUAAACUUAGUCCGCACAAUACAAGGAGCUCAUAGUGCUGGAAUUUUUAGUAUGUAUGCUUGUGAGGAAGGUUUUGCCACUGGUGGGAGAGAUGGUUGUAUUCGGUUAUGGGACAACGAUUUCAAGCCAAUAACUAAAAUUGAUCUCAGGGAGACUGAACAAGGAUACAAAGGUUUGUCCAUCCGAAGUGUUUGUUGGAAAGGAGACAGACUUUUAGCGGGGACACAGGACAGUGAAAUAUUUGAGGUGAUAGUGAGAGAAAGAGAUAAACCAAUGCUGAUAAUGCAGGGUCAUUGUGAAGGGGAGCUCUGGGCCCUGGCAGUCCAUCCAAAGAAGCCUUUAGCUGUCACAGGCAGUGAUGAUCGAUCCGUACGAUUAUGGAGCCUUGCUGAUCAUGCCUUGAUUGCUCGCUGUAAUAUGGAAGAAGCUGUGCGCAGUGUAUCUUUCAGUCCUGAUGGAUCUCAGCUAGCUCUUGGAAUGAAAGAUGGCUCCUUCAUUGUUCUCAGAGUAAGAGAUAUGACAGAGGUAGUUCAUAUUAAAGACCGAAAGGAAGUAAUUCAUGAAAUGAAAUUUUCACCAGAUGGCUCUUAUCUUGCUGUGGGUUCUAAUGAUGGCCUCGUGGAUAUCUAUGCAGUUGCUCAACGAUACAAGAAGAUAGGAGAAUGCAACAAGUCUUCUAGUUUUAUUACUCAUAUUGACUGGUCUGUGGAUAGUAAAUUCUUGCAAACCAAUGAUGGUGCAGGAGAGCGACUGUUCUACAAAAUGCCAUCUGGGAAGCAUUUAACAAGCAAAGAUGAGAUCAAAGGAAUUCAUUGGGCCUCAUGGACCUGUGUGAUAGGGCCUGAAGUGAAUGGAAUUUGGCCAAAAUAUACCAACAUUACAGAUGUCAACUCUGUGGAUGGAAAUUACAGUAGCUCAGUGCUAGUGACUGGAGAUGAUUUUGGAUUUGUAAAAUUAUUCAAAUUUCCUUGCCUAAAGAAAGGAGCUAAAUAUAGAAAAUAUGCUGGCCACUCAGCACAUGUAACUAAUGUACAUUGGUCACAUGAUUUUCAGUGGGUGUUAAGUACAGGAGGUGCUGAUCACUCUGUUUUUCAGUGGAGAUUUAUUCCAGAAAGUGUAACAAAUGGAAUCAUUGAAACAGCAUCCCAAGAGGGUGGUAUUGAUUCAUACAGUGAAGAAUCAGAUUCUGAUUUAUCUGAUGUGCCAGAGCUAGAUUCAGAUAUUGAGCAGGAAGCUCAAAUCAACUAUGAUCGCCAAGUUUACAAAGAAGAUCUACCUCAGCUGAAACAACAAAGUAAAGAGAAAAACCAUUCAGUGCCCUUCCUUAAAAGAGAGAGAGCUCCUGGGGACAGCUUAAAACUGCAGUUUGUACAUGGUUACCGAGGCUACGACUGUCGAAAUAAUUUGUUCUACACACAAACUGGAGAGGUAGUUUACCAUAUCGCUGCUGUUGCCAUUGUAUACAGUAGGCAACAACACACCCAAAGACUAUAUCUUGGUCAUGAUGAUGACAUCCUCAGCCUAACCAUCCAUCCAAUGAAAGACUAUGUUGCUACUGGACAGGUUGGAAGAGAUGCUGCUAUCCAUGUGUGGGACACACAGACACUAAAAUGUUUAUCAUUGCUGAAAGGCCAGCACCAAAGAGGAGUAUGUGCACUGGAUUUUUCAGCUGAUGGGAAGUUUUUGGCAUCUAUUGGGUUAGAUGAUAAUCACACCAUUGUAUUUUGGGAUUGGAAAAAAGGAGAAAAGAUAGCCACAACAAGGGGCCAUAAAGAUAAAAUAUUUGUAGUGAAGUGUAACCCACAUCAUGUAGACAAACUAGUCACAGUUGGGAUGAAACAUAUCAAAUUUUGGCAACAAGCAGGAGGAGGUUUUACAUCCAAACGAGGGACCUUUGGAAAUAUUGGGAAACUGGAAACUAUGAUGAGUAUUUCUUAUGGGCGAAUAGAAGAUCUGGUUUUCUCUGGAGCUGCUACUGGAGACAUUUACAUCUGGAAAGAUAUUCGGCUGCUUAAGACAGUGAAAGCCCAUGAUGGACCAGUAUUUGCUAUGCAUGCAUUGGAUAAGGGUUUCGUAACAGGUGGAAAAGAUGGAGUUGUGGCACUCUGGGAUGAUAUGUUUGAGAGGUGCCUGAAGACAUAUGCUAUUAAAAGAUCAGCAUUAUCCCCUAGCUCUAAAGGUUUACUUUUGGAAGAUAAUCCCUCCAUUCGUGCCAUCACCUUAGGACAUGGGCAUAUACUAGUGGGGACCAGAAAUGGAGAGAUACUUGAAAUUGAUAAAAGUGGCCCCAUGACUCUGCUUGUUCAGGGGCAUAUGGAAGGAGAAGUGUGGGGCUUGGCAGCUCACCCUCUCUUGCCUAUCUGUGCAACAGUGAGUGAUGAUAAAACACUGAGAAUCUGGGAACUUUCCUCACAACACCGCAUGUUAGCAGUGAGAAAACUCAAAAAAGGUGGAAGAUGCUGUGCCUUUUCUCCUGAUGGGAAAGCCUUGGCUGUAGGGUUGAAUGAUGGGAGUUUUCUGGUAGUGAAUGUUGAUACUGUUGAAGAUAUGGUCUCUUUCCACCACAGAAAGGAAAUGAUCUCUGAUAUCAAAUUUUCACGAGAUUCAGGAAAAUAUCUGGCAGUGGCUUCCCAUGAUAAUUUUGUAGAUAUUUACAAUGUGCUUACCAGCAAAAGAGUUGGCAUCUGCAAAGGUGCAUCUAGCUAUAUCACACACAUUGACUGGGACUCAAGAGGAAAGUUAUUGCAAGUCAAUUCUGGUGCCAAAGAACAACUGUUUUUUGAAGCACCAAGAGGAAAAAGACAUAUUAUAAGAGCUGCUGAGAUAGAGAAGAUUGAAUGGGAUACCUGGACAUGUGUUCUUGGUCCUACUUGUGAAGGAAUCUGGCCCAUGCAUAGUGAUGUCACUGUUGUAAAUGCAGCUACUCUUACAAAAGAUGGUUCACUGUUAGCUACAGGAGAUGACUUUGGUUUUGUGAAGCUUUUUUCAUAUCCUGUGAAGGGGCAACGUGCAAAGUUCAAGAAGUAUGUGGGUCAUAGUGCCCAUGUAACCAACGUUCGAUGGUUACAUAAUGAUUCUGUGCUACUGACUGUAGGUGGUGCUGAUACUGCUUUGAUGAUCUGGACAAGAGAGUUUGUGGGCAUCCAAGAGAGUAAAUUGGUUGACAGUGAGGAGUCAGAUACAGAUGCAGAAGAGGAUGGAGGUUAUGACAGUGAUGUUGCAAGAGAAAAGGCUAUUGAUUAUACAACAAAGAUCUAUGCAGUAAGCAUCCGAGAAAUGGAAGGAACAAAGCCACACCAGCAGCUGAAGGAGGUUUCAGUUGAGGAAAGGCCACCAGUUAGCAGAGCUGCUCCUCAGCCUGAGAAACUGCAAAAGAAUGAUAUCAACAAAAAAAAGAAACUGGUUGAGGAGCUGGCUUUAGACCAUGUUUUUGGAUACAGAGGAUUUGAUUGUCGCAACAACCUUCAUUACCUCAAUGAUGGUGCUGAUAUUAUUUUCCACACAGCUGCAGCAGGCAUAGUUCAAAAUCUUUCCACAGGAAGUCAGAGUUUCUAUCUGGAGCAUACUGAUGAUAUUCUCUGCCUCACUGUGAACCAGCACCCGAAAUAUAAAAAUGUUGUGGCUACCAGCCAGAUUGGUGAUAUAACAGAAUUUCCAGGUACAACUCCUUCUAUUCAUGUAUGGGAUGCUAUGAAUAAGCAGACUCUUUCUAUGCUGCGCUGCUUCCAUGCCAAAGGGGUCAACUAUAUUAACUUCAGUGCUACUGGCAAGCUUCUGGUUUCAGUAGGAGUCGAUCCAGAACAUACUAUCAUUGUGUGGAGGUGGCAAGAAGGGGCUAAAGUGGCUAGCAGAGGAGGACAUCUGGAGAGAAUAUUUGUUGUAGAGUUCCGCCCGGAUUCAGAUACUCAGUUUGUGUCCGUUGGGGUAAAACACAUGAAGUUCUGGACACUAGCUGGCAGUGCUUUACUUUAUAAAAAAGGAGUCGUUGGUUCCAGGGAAGAUGCCAAAAUGCAAACCAUGCUUUCUGUUGCCUUCGGAGCUAAUAACCUUACGUUUACUGGUGCCAUAAAUGGAGAUGUCUAUGUGUGGAAGGAUCACUUUCUGGUUAGACUGGUGGCAAAAGCUCAUACAGGUCCAGUGUUUACAAUGUACACAACUCUUCGAGAUGGACUAAUUGUAACUGGAGGGAAGGAAAGACCGACAAAAGAAGGCGGUGCCAUAAAAUUGUGGGACCAGGAGAUGAAGCGCUGCCGAGCAUUUCAGCUUGAGACAGGACAGCUCAUUGAGUGUGUGCGCUCGGUUUGUAGAGGAAAAGGCAAAAUUUUAGUGGGAACCAAAGAUGGGGAAAUACUUGAAGUAGGAGAAAAAAAUGCUGCUUCAAACCUGCUGAUUGACAAUCACAUGGAAGGAGAGAUUUGGGGUUUAGCAGCUCACCCCACGAAAGACAUAUUUAUCACCGCAAGUAAUGAUGGAACAGCAAGAAUCUGGGACCUCUGUGACAAAAAAUUGCUGAAUAAAGUGAAUUUAGGCCAUGCUGCAAGAUGUGCUGCAUAUAGUCCUGAUGGUGAGAUGGUAGCUAUUGGAAUGAAGAAUGGAGAAUUUGUCAUCUUGCUUGUAAACAGUCUUAAAGUUUGGGGCAAAAAACGAGACCGGAAAUCAGCUAUUCAGGAUAUCAGAAUCAGCCCCGAUAACAGAUUUUUGGCUGUUGGCUCACACGAACAUACUGUCGAUUUUUAUGACCUCACCCAAGGCACAACCUUAAACCGGAUAGGCUACUGCAAAGAUAUUCCAAGUUUUGUCAUUCAGAUGGAUUUUUCAGCAGACAGCAGAUAUAUUCAGGUAUCAACCGGUGCCUAUAAACGUCAGGUUCAUGAGGUGCCAUUGGGAAAGCAAGUGGUAGAUGCCACACUAAUAGAAAAGAUCACAUGGGCCACAUGGACAAGCAUUCUUGGAGAUGAAGUCAUUGGGAUUUGGCCAAGAAACGCUGAUAAAGCAGAUGUCAACUGUGCGUGUGUGACCCAUGCUGGUUUAAAUAUAGUGACAGGAGAUGAUUUUGGUCUAGUGAAACUUUUUGACUUUCCAUGCACAGAAAAAUUUGCCAAACACAAGCGUUAUUUUGGUCAUUCUGCUCAUGUUACCAACAUACGCUUUUCUCAUGAUGACAAGUAUGUUAUAAGUACAGGAGGAGAUGACUGCAGUGUAUUUGUGUGGAGAUGUCUUUGA